AGAGACUCGCACGGAGUGUCAACACUCCCACAAAGGUCUUUUUGGCGGUCUUCUUCUCGUCAUGGCAACUUUGGUUGCGUUGGCUCUCUUCUAUACCUAUGAUCGACGCAAGAGUCAUGUUGAAGCCCUAACUGUCUAUCAAAUUACCGACAUUACUCUGCUCUCCGUCGGCAUUGUGGCCGUCAGCGUUGCCCUCUUUCAACUGCGAGUUUUGGGUGUGCGGCAGCUAUCUGGAGAGAGUGCUUUUGACGACAAUCUUCUGCUGAUUGGGCUUCUGGGGAUACUUUUUUAUAACAUAUUCCUUCUGAUCCCGGCAAUGGAAAGAAAAGAAUUUAACAAGCUCGCUGGAAUCAUGUUUGUGUCAAAAUCUGUUUUAGAAAUGCUUCAAGCCCUGAUGCAGGUAAAUUUCAAUGCGUUUUUUGCCUCAACACAUUGCAAUAAACGAUGUGUAUAG